UACAUCCUGUCUUGUUACUUCACCAACUGGGGGCAGUACAGACCAGGAGCUGGGAAAUACUUCCCCACUGAUAUUGACCCAUGCCUUUGUGACCACCUGAUCUAUGCCUUUGCCGGCAUGAACAACAAUGAGAUCCAGACCUACGAGUGGGACGAUGUGAAGCUCUAUGGCCAGUUCCAGGCUCUGAAGAACCAGUUCAGUGCCAUGGUCUCCAGCUCUGCCACCCGUCAGACCUUCAUCACCUCCGUCAUCAAGUUCCUGAGGCAGUACCAGUUCGAUGGUCUGGACAUUGACUGGGAAUACCCUGGCUCCAGGGGCAGCCCUCCUCAGGACAAGCAGCUCUUCACCACCUUGGUGCAGGAAUUGAUGGCUGCAUUCGAGGCUGAGGGCAAGCAGACCAACCGCCCUCGUCUCAUGCUGACAGCUGCUGUGUCUGGUGGCAAAGGCACUAUUGACUCUGGCUACCAGAUUGCUCAGAUUGGACAGGUCCUGGACUACUUCCAUGUCAUGACCUAUGACUUCCAUGGCUCCUGGGAGCACAACACUGGUGAGAACAGCCCCCUGUACAGAGGACCUGCUGACCAGGGUGAUCUCAUUUACUUCAAUGUGGACUAUGCCAUGAAGUACUGGAAGAGCAAUGGUGCCCCUGCUGAGAAACUGCUGGUUGGAUUCCCCACCUACGGACACACCUUCAAACUGGCCAGCUCCUCCAACACUGGGGUGGGAGCCCCAUCUGCUGGCCCUGGACCUGCUGGACCCUACACUAGACAGACUGGUUUCUGGGCUUACUAUGAGAUCUGCACCUUCCUGAAGCAGGGUGCCACUCAGGCCUGGGACUCUGCCCAGGAUGUCCCCUAUGCCUACAACAGCCAGAACGUCUGGGUCGGCUACGACAAUGUGAAGAGCUUCCAGGUCAAGGCAAGUUGGCUGAAGCAGAACCAGUUUGGAGGUGCCAUGGUGUGGAGUCUGGACCUGGAUGAUUUCAGCGGGACCUUCUGCGGCCAGGGCAGAUACCCUCUGAUCAAUACCCUGAAGAGUGGCCUGGGAACCGGCCAGGGUGAGUCUAUCUGCUGCAGUGCUCGCACCGACCCCCUGCCUCCCGUCACCCAGGCCCCUCCUGCGCCUCCCCAGCCCCAGCCUGGUGGUGGAGGAAGCAGCAGUGGAGGAAGUGGUUUCUGUGCUGGAAAGGCCAACGGAGUCUACCCUGACCCCACCAACAAGAACCACUUCUACAUGUGCAACCAGGGCCAGACCUAUGUGAAGAACUGUGCUGCUGGCCUGGUCUUUGACCCCAGCUGCUCCUGCUGCACUUGGGCCUAA